ACUUACUUAAGAAUAUGGAUGACAUGAUUAAGAUCUUAAUCAUGAUUGUUGUUGGUCUUAAACAUUUAUACAAAUAAUUAAAGUUCAACACAAAGACCCAACACAAAGACCAAACACAAUCAAUUCAAUUCUUUUUAAUCCAACCUCUUAUCCUACGCAUAACAACACCUCACUCUUCUGCUAACACGCGCCUCUAUCAACUACAAUUUUUUCUUGUAACCGUUUUUUUUGUUGAACACACUCACAUGAAACUUCCCACUUUCUUCUUCUUCUUCAACCUUUUCGAAACCUCUCUCUAAAAUCAAAAAUGGCGAGGAGUCACCGGUUUAGCUACCGGUUUAGCAACCGGUUACUCCUUCUCAUUCUACUAACAUUCGAAACGGCACAGCGUCCAACAACAGCCGAUCCAAACGACGAGGCGUGUUUAAAAAACCUCCGGCAAAGCUUAGAAGACCCGGCGAGUAAUCUCCGUAACUGGACUAACUCCGUCUUCUCGAACCCAUGCUCCGGCUUCACCUCUUACCUCCCCGGAGCUACCUGUAACAACGGAAGAAUCUACAAACUCUCCCUCACGAACCUCUCUCUCCGCGGCACGAUCUCUCCCUUUCUCUCCAACUGUACAAACCUCCAAUCCCUAGAUCUAUCCUCAAACCAGAUCUCCGGCGUAAUCCCACCGGAGAUUCAGUAUCUCGUCAACCUCGCCGUUUUAAACCUCUCCUCUAACCAUCUCUCCGGCGAAAUCCCCCCUCAGCUCGCUCUCUGCGCUUACCUAAACGUGAUCGAUCUCCACGAUAACCAGUUCUCCGGCCAGAUUCCUCAGCAGUUAGGUCUCUUAGCGAGGCUAUCGGCGUUCGACGUUUCCAACAACAAACUCUCCGGUCAGAUUCCGACGUAUCUCUCGAAUCGCACGGGGAAUUUCCCGAGGUUUAACGCGAGCUCGUUCGUAGGGAACAAAGGAUUGUACGGUUACCCGUUGCAGGAGAUGAUGAUGAAGAGCAAAGGUUUGUCUGUGAUGGCCAUCGUUGGGAUUGGAUUGGGGAGUGGCGUCGCGAGCUUGAUGAUUAGUUUUACUGGUGUUUGUUUAUGGUUGAGGUUUACUGAGAAGAAGAUGAUUGAAGAAGAAGGUAAGAUUAGUCAAUCUAUGCCUGAUUACUAAUUACUGUUUCUUAAUUGUAUUUAAUUUUUUUUAAUUACGGCUUUGAUUAAACAUUCUUGAGUUAUUAAUGCUAAAUUGAGAAAUAUUUUGAAGAA